UCCUCCCAUUUUGCUAACAGAUGGCAGCGUAAUCAGCCGUCAUGAGAACUAGGUCGAGAGAAAUAUUUCAUGAUCAAGUUUUAACGCUAUUUUAGAAUUGUACGAUUCAAUUAUUAUAGAAAUUACAGUUAACUAAUCGUAAUAUUAUGGUACUUUUUAUCGCAUAACUCACAAACCCUUAAAACGUCGGCAGAAGUAAAGGUGACUUAUGGGGCACUAGCCGUGAGUAAAAAUGGCUGACAAGCACAGUUUGAACUAUGAUGUGAGAGAGCUCAAAUUAGGUGCCAGCUUCACCAACAAUAAGGCGUCACAAUACCAUACCAUUAAAUAUGAUUUCAAACCCGCUUCAGUGGAUGUUAACAAGAUGGCGACGGUGGAUGUUGGCACUAAUAAUCAAGUGACAGUCACAGUGCCACACUUAGAUGGCGCGGGGGUGCCGCACACAGUGUUCAAGGGCAGCCAGCGGCCCUACACCAAGGAGUGCGUGCUCAUCAUCGACCGCGUCACCGGCGAGAUCACCCUCGAGAAGCUCUCCAGCAAUAUACAAGUUAAAAAGACGAGACAAGAGUCAGCUCAGAAGGCGCGGCCGUUGACCCCGGUGACGUCAGAGCUGACCAACACCACGCAGCGGUCCACGUCCCGGACGCGGGUCGCCACCAACAAGCGGGGGACCUCACACACGAGCGCGCUUGCCGCGGGCCCGGGCGCCCCGCAGGCGGCGUCCAGCGCCCCCCGCUACGGCUCCGGCGCGGUGCAGAAGACGCCGCCCAACAUGGUGCGCUCCCCGCCGAGGCAGAAGACCUCGCCGCCGCAGGCUCCUGGUUGGUCAGCGGGCGGCAACAGCACGCUAGCGUCUCUACCAAUGAUAGGCUUCGACGAGGCGCCGGCGCCCGCGCCCCCGCCCCCGCCGCACAACGGGUACACCCCCGCGCCCCCCGCACCCCCGCGAGCGCCCGAGCGAAGGGAGCCAGAGCGACGGGAGCAAGAACGAAGGGAGCAAGAGCGGAGGGAAGAGAAAGUGUACCAGGAGCGAAUGCCGCCUGUCGAUAGGAGUCAGCCGAUGAUGCGGUCCGACCUCGGGAACUCUGUGACUCACGGCGUAGCGGAUCAGAGCUCGUCGAGUUCCUCAAGUGACAGCGGCAGCGACUCCGGCAGUGACAGCGAUAGCGACGACAACGACGCGCCCGCGCCGCCGCCGACUGUGCCUAAUGGUGCAGCCCCGCUACCGACAGACGUGCUAAACGACGACCUCUGCCUCUCGGAGUCGGGCUCCGACAGCGACUGACGACGGAACUGUCGCCGCGGCGUCGCGUAGCGGGCCGGAGUGCGCGCCCCACUGGUCACCGACACUAGCGGUCCGGAGUACGCGCCCCGCCCACAGGUUACCAACACUGCUGUCACUUCACUGCGGACCGGGUUAAAUAGCUAGCCGUUCAGGGCCUUAUCACAAAAACUUGACAGUGUUCAACUGAUGUUUAGCGCUGUCGAAUGCCUUAUAAAUCUGUUAAAUAUCAUUCUGAGCACCCGGUAAACGUUGUUAAAUAUUUUCGUGGUUAUACGGUUGGUGUUUUUUGUAUGCUACUUUUCUUUUUCUUCAUAAGCCCGAUUCACGCAUUGUUUAGUGCUAGUGUUAAGCAGACGUAAAUUGCUCUGGGCUUGUUGUAUAAUAUUUGCGUAACUUUUGAAUCUAUCAUACACAAAUUCCGUCCGCAAUGUACGUCUACUAAACAUCCAGGCUUAACAGUGUGUGAUGCGAGCUUUACGUCAAACAUUGUAUGACAAAGGCGAACAUAAUAAUGUUUUUAUACCCGUACUCCUUGAACCUGAAAUGUAAACUUAAUUUAGUACUAUAUAUUACCUAUACAUAUAGUAAACCACUUCAGCUUGUACUUAUAUUGUUGAUAGUGAGGGACGACCUUCACCAUCAUCUGCAUAAUAAUACUUAGUUAAAAAAAAACUCAAAUACAGAUUGUCGCAACAUACAGUGGCAUUGCAAUCAAAAUUAUGGUCACAUAACUAGAGAUUCUGAAUAGACAUUCACAUAUAUAUGUGGCCACGUUUCGGUCUUGAAUAGGUAUUGACCUAAAAGUUAAAUUGUAAAUGCUUUAUUAUCAGAUAACAAUACAAUCGUGAUAUUCACGCCGAUAUACGAAAUUUUAUAUUAAUAUUUUCCCCACAACUGUUCGUCUUCGAUACGAACAAUAUUUUGGUCAGUUGUAGGUUUAAUUCGCGAACUUAAUUAGAAGACAUAAAUAAUUAAAUACAUUAGGGUUUUAUUUUAUUUUAUCGGAUGUGUAAGUAAAGUAAAAACACCAAGUUUGUGCCUAUUAUUCUGAUGGCCGAAUUCCAAUAUGUACCGACCUAAACAAUUCUGCUUUUUGUAGGAAGCAAAAAUAAAUAAGUCCUUCUAUUAUGUAUGUUAUGUAUAAUGAAAUAAAUAUAUUUUACCCACAACAAAAUAUACACUUCUUGGAGAGGCAUGUGUCAGCAGUGGUCGAUUGUUGGCUAUUGAUGAAUAUGUUUAGAUAAAAAUACAGUCACGUACUCAUUACUACUGAGAAAAAUACGCAAAUUAAUACUAUGGUUACAGCAUCUGUCACGGGGUUAAUAGUAAUUAAAUACUGGAUUAUUGCACUGCCAUAAGUUUACUACCGCAUUUUUAUCCUCCAUGCGAUCAAGCUCAACGUAAUACGAACUUUACUGUCUUCCAUACUAGAAACCAUGCUAACAUACUAACGAACUUUCUAAUUCUGAAGUCAAAAAGUCUCAAAUAAUGGCGUUUUCGGGCACAUAUAUUGGAAUUUUAUUUAAGUAAGAAUAAUUAAAUCUUAAUAUAUUUAGAUACGCUCGGGAUUAGGCUCUCUUGCAAUGUAAAAAAAAUAGCUUAUGACACCAGCUAGUCUGUAAUUAUAUAUUUACUUCGGUUGUGCUCUGGCAGUGUCUGUAUAUUGUGACGAUUAUUAUGUACAUAAGGUAUGCAUAUGUAUUCUGUAUAUUGAUUCGAAGGUUUUUUCAGAGAGCUUGCUUGAGAGCGUUAUGAUAUUGUAAGAGGUUUUAGAUCAGACCGUCUCUUGACCUAUAUGUAUUGCUAAUGAUAAACUUUUGUAAAUAGGGCGUUUUGUAACUUAAACUAGUUUCAAAUUCGCCAAGACUUUCACGAAAUUGUAGCACUUACAUUGACGAAUUUAUUUAAUUAUACUUACUAGAUUUAUUUUUGUUGAUGAAAUUCGCAUAUUACUUACAAUACAUAAGCGUUAAACGAUUAAAGUGAUAAAAUGAACACCAGAAAUAGGUAACCCAUUUUUUGUAAAUAAUAUAUUGUAUUACCUUGACUUGAUAUCGAAAGCUUAAAUGAAUAAAACUAUUUAACGUUUUUAUAUAGUUUUAAGAUGAUACUCAGAUAUGAAGGUAAAAUGGUCCUAUUAGGGAUUAAGUAAGAUCUGUCUAUUUUUUAUCGAGGACUGUUUUCAGAUUGACCAGAGUGUAUGUGAUUUUUAACUAUUUUUAAUGUCAAGUUGCACGGUCAUGGAGUCUCGCUAGAUUAAAUUUUAAUUUAAUUCUGGAUAUAUAUUUUUUGCCAUUACCUAAUACAUACUCCUUUAGUAUAAAGGUUAUUUUACCCUAUGUCAUAGUUACACUAUGGAUUGUGAAUGUUAUUAAGAGUAAGCAUUUAAUAAGUGCUAAGAUCUUAGCAGAUUCAAUAAUUUAAUCAUAUAUUUUACGAUACGCUAGUGGCAACACAGAUGGCAAAUCUAAAAUGACUGUAAAAUAGUGAUUGUAAUUAUUGUGUCUCUUAUUAUCUUAUGAGCUUAUGAAAUAAACAUUUAUGAGAAUUGUUAGAGCUUGUUAAUAAGUUCUCGUGUUAAGGCUCGUUUGAUUUUGUUAAGAAUACCUACAUAUUAUGUUAAAUUCUUCAUUUGCAAUAAAUAUUUAAAUAAAAUUAAUAUUUUGUGAA